AUGGCGCCCGUAGAGUCUGAAGACUCUACGAAGAUGAAUGGUUUCGCGUUACUCGGCGCCUUUCCCCCUCCACCAACACAACCCGUCAACGUAACGGACCGCCAUUUUAACGGGAUCAUUCGUAGUGUCCUACUCUCCUCUGGCGAAAGCGCUACAACGACCUGGGGGUUUCCAGAAAUAUCAGCUCAGGUCUCAGGCAGAGAACGGGUCGAUGCAAAGAGGGUCGACUCCUUCAAGCAGUUUCAGAAGAGUGUUACUCUGCUCAGAGAACAGCUCUCAAUGAUGGCACGGGAUAUUCGCUCGAUUUGCCGGCAUCACGAGGUGAUUCAUUCAGUCAUAAGGCUUGACAAGGCCCUGGAAAUUCUUCACUUCCUCGUCUACGAAAACGCCGCAGCCUUGUAUCCGCAGGAUGGAAAGAUUCAGUUCCAAGACGGGCGCCAGGAAUACUAUGGGUACAAGCUCAAUGGCCAUCAUUUCGAACAACCUGGCGCGAGUUCAGAAUAUUUCACCACGCAACUGAAAAAAGUGCUCGUGUCACUUCGCACCUUCUACAAUUGCCUCAUGGCGGUGCCGGAUUUCAGGCGACAUGCAGGGGAAGGGUCGUUGACGGCGUUCGAAGAAGACCUCGAGUUUUGGUUCCUGCACUGCAGUGAUUUCCCACGAGCGAGAUUCCGAGAACAUACUAUUCGGUUGUUCAUGCUCGAGCUCUCGAAACAUAUCAAACACGAUAUGGAUGGCAUGUGUGAAGUGAUUACGUCACUCAGGAAGGAAGCAAUCACUGUCUUAAAGAGGGAACAACAAGAGAGAUCUUCUCGUUACACGUACUUGACAGCGGUAGCCACCUUGCUUAGCGGCGUGACUGCCACAAUGCUGCAGUUUCAAGGUGGCACAAGCAAGUCAGCGGCCGAUGCCAACGCAACAUUCGCGGCGUUCUGGUAUCUUUCCCUAGUGCUGAGCAUUGCCUGCGCCGUAAACAGUCUCGCAGGGUACGCAUGGAUCGAGACCAAAUUGUGA